AUGCUUGAUGUACAGCCUGAACUGGUUGCCAGCAUCAAUAAGUUCAUCGAUGCCACGACGAUGCCUUGCGAGUUAGAGGAGAAUCCUUCAAUGGAGGAUAUCUACUCUGCUCUGGGCGCUCAGAUGCUUCAACAAGAAGAUGUUAAUUCAAGGUCAUCGUCGGAAAAAUGGGAGCAUCGCAAAGGUGGCGCUCUGGGACGUGUGCAUCGCUGGAGCGAUGAGGCUGGCAGAUUCCGGGGGGAGUGCUGCGAGUUAUUCUUACUCCCUCAGAGCGUUUCAUACCCACGUCGAGCCGAAUUAGGCGCAUGCCGAGUAGAAGUUGAUGAUGAUAUCGACUUACAGCAGGAUGAUGAGGGAAACUACAAAAUGUGGAUAACCUUCGACAUACGUGAUCCUGGUACAGUCCGUCCUUUUCCAUACGCAUUAUCUAUAACGCCUGAAGAUCCUGCCUCCCGUCUUGGUAUGCGAUGUCGCUUCAUCAAUAAAGAUGGAGAACAAGUUCAAGCGUACUACCAAAAAAAGAGGCGAGCAGGCUGUCUUUCGAGCCAACACUCUCGUUGA